CGAAGAAGUUAAUCAGCAUGGCCAAGCAUCCAGCCAGUUUUCUCCAGGCUCCAAAACAAGAUGGCUUCAGUUCUCAGGACCGCAUAUCUUCGCAGUACAGUCCGCUCAAGACAUUCGAGUUGCCGAAGGGCGAGCAGAAGCACUACACCCAACAAUUCGCUGACAUGUACUUCUUGAGAUUAGCUAUGUUGAAACCGGACAUUGUAAAAAUUGCAUCUGAAGCCUGGCGAGAUUUCGAGCUCGCUGGCGAGAAAGCGACACAAAUGGAGCGCGUACUAGACGUACGGCAAGGCGAACUGUGCUGGGUUGUGGGCACUAUAUACAUGGAAAUGCCAUUAAAACCAAACGUCCUUGACGAUCUGGCGAAAGAACAUUGGAUAGCAGCGCCACCAGCUCGAGAGAAGUACAUCUCACCCGACGGGAAUGAGGAGAUAUUUAUGGAAGACGAGUCGGGGCGAUUAAGACUGACAGGCGAUAAUCUUCGGCGCCAUCUUUUGGUAACAGGAUGUAUUAUUGCUGCACUUGGCACAGAGAACGCAACGGGUGAUUUUGAGGUUAUCGAUAUCAAGGUUGCAGAUUUGCCCAACCAACCUAGCCGGACUCAAGGAUCGGGAAACUCAGGCAAGAUUGCCAUUGUCAGUGGACUGGGAAUCGCAGGAGACGGAAGUGAUCCUGUAACAUUGGACUUGCUCAGUGACUUUCUACUAGGCGAAUCAUUACCUGAGAGUGAUAGUGUGGCACAAAUCUCUCGUUUAAUCAUUGCAGGCAAUAGUAUGGCCCACUCCAGCCCAAUACCGUCACGAGAAGAGGUAGCGGCCCGCCCAGCGGCUCUGAAGCGAUAUGGCCAUGACACAUCAAGCUACAACGCCUUGCCCAGCGAAGCGCUCGAUGCCUUUCUUGCGCAGCUGCUGCCAUCUAUCCCAGUUACCCUGAUGCCGGGUGCCACAGAUCCGGCAAGCGUUGCAAUUCCGCAACAGCCGCUCCACCCAGCGCUAUUUCCACACAGCAGAGCGUACUGCAACCCACCGACACAGCAAUCAGGGCCACCGAACUGGUUCGAUAGUGUCACGAAUCCCUGGGAAGGUGACAUCGAUGGUUGGCGAUUCCUUGGAAAUUCGGGUCAGCCAAUAGACGACAUGUACAAAUACCUUAGCGGAACGAAUCGACUAAGAAUGAUGGAUCAUCUUCUACGGUGGAGGAACAACGCGCCAACUGCGCCAGAUACACUUUGGAGUUAUCCAUUCCAAGAGAGUGACCCAUUCAUUCUACAGCAGUGCCCUCAUGUAUUUUUUGUUGGCAAUCAGCCACACUUCGCUACAUCUCUUAUUGAGGGCCCCGCUGGUCAACAAGUCCGACUCAUCUCUGUACCAUCUUUCAAGGAAACUGGGACGCUAGUUCUGGUUGACGCGGAAACUCUUGAACCUGAGACCGUCACAUUCAGCACAAGACAGCCAAAACUUGCUACGAAUGGAGUAUGAGCUUGUCAUCCCCUUUGACAGCUAGAACACAUCCUGAAUUCAAGAACUCCCAUCUCGCGGAGGCAGUCGCGUGCGAUGAUGUGCAUGAAGAAGCAUGCGUUACAUCCCAUCUUAGACUGUGUGGACCCUUCGAAAAAAUGAAAAGACAGAACGGUUGACCUGUUUAUGUGUACAGCACACAUAAUGAUAAAGAAGUGAUCGAUGCAUGAUGUUGUAGAAAAUCGAAUCCUGAUUUUUUCCCUUAUUUUUCAUCGAGUUGGAAGUGAAGUCACUGCUUGCGUUGAGUCUGCUCUUACGAUAGCCGAUUCUGGAUCAUUUCUGCUAGCUGAUAACACCAGGGGCUUAUAAUCAAAAUGUGCAUCUGCGCGUUGUAUCUUUUGACGCAAAGUGUCAAUACUCAACUUUGGCUGCGUAUUAUUAAUUUUUGUUCAGUACAUCAAGAUACAUUUGGACAACGCUGACAACCUGUGGCUCGAACUCCUGAAAACUCCACCCAAAUGUCUUCUCUGUCUUUGAAAUAU